AUGUUUCUUAAACAUCCUCAGUUGCAUAGUGAUAGUGCUAGUUGUACUACAUCCUGUAUACAUGAUUUUAUUUCACAAUUUGAUGACGGUCAAAGCAUAAAUGUGUGGGAUCCUAUCAAGUUCAAUCAGUUAUUCUCGCUAAUUGAAAUAGUUGAUCCUGCAUUCAGCGAAUACCUUGAAAUGAAAAGUGCCAAAGAAAUGCCAUUCUGUUUUCGUUGGUUGCUAAUUCAUUUUAAAAGAGAAUUUUCCUACAAUGAUACUAUGAUAUUAUGGGAGGUAAUUUGGACAGAUUAUCGUACAAAAAAUUUCCAUAUAUUUUUCGCUGCUGCUGUGCUAUUAAUGCAAAGAGAUAAUAUAAUGAACAGGAAAUAUGAUGCAAAUAGUAUAUUAAAGCAUGUGAAUGAAUUAUCAAUGAAAAUUCCACUAGAAGCAUCCCUUAAUUAUGCUACAGCUUUACUGUCUCAGUUAGAACAAAUUUCCGAUUCUCUACCGAAAUCCGUACGGAAUAUUAUCCAUGGACAGUCGUUGGCGAUGUCUAGACAUGUCAGUGAAUCAAAACAGAAAGGAAUCAAUUGUCCAGAUCCACCAUCUAUAUACGACUAUUCGCCGACACUAUUAAAUGAAGAAUUAGAGGUGCUGAUGGACAAUGAAAUGUAUGAUCCUAAUAAAGAUGUGACUAAUCAGUCUAUACUAAUGAUUCCUUCUGAUACUAAUCGACAGUUUUUUUCAGUGAUUUUAAUGAAUUAA